AUGGAUAUGGAGACAUCUGAUUUUGGGGCCGCCGCCCCUUUCUUGCGCAUGUCGGAAAAGAGCCGCAUCCAAGCUCAGACUCGGCCGUUCGACUUGAAGAAGGAUGUUUUCGUGCCGGAUGUCAAAGAGGAAUUUGUGAAAGCCAAGAUCGUUUCCAGAGAAGGUGGCAAAAUCACCGCGGAAACGGAGGGCGGCAAGACGGUGACGGUCAAAGAAGAUCAAAUCAUGCAGCAGAACCCGCCCAAGUUCGACAAGAUCGAGGAUAUGGCCAUGCUGACUUUUCUGCACGAACCGGCCGUGCUCUACAACCUGAAGGACCGCUACGCCGCCUGGAUGAUCUACACCUACUCAGGGCUGUUCUGUGUGACGGUCAACCCCUACAAGUGGUUGCCGGUCUACAACGCUGAAGUGGUGGGUGCUUACCGAGGGAAGAAGCGGAGUGAAGCUCCUCCUCAUAUCUUCUCCAUCUCCGACAAUGCCUAUCAGUACAUGUUGACAGAUCGGGAGAACCAGUCCAUUCUUAUCACCGGAGAAUCCGGUGCUGGGAAGACUGUGAAUACCAAGCGGGUCAUCCAAUAUUUCGCGGUCAUCGCUGCGAUUGGCGAUCGUAGCAAGAAAGACCAAGCGGCCGCAACGGGGAAGGGCACCUUGGAAGAUCAAGUCAUCCAAGCCAACCCAGCUCUGGAGGCCUUCGGCAACGCCAAGACCCUAAGGAAUGACAACUCCUCUCGCUUCGGUAAAUUCAUCCGAAUCCAUUUUGGGGCGACAGGCAAGCUGGCGUCAGCCGACAUAGAAACCUAUCUCCUGGAAAAGUCCAGGGUCAUCUUCCAGCUGAAGUCUGAGAGGAAUUAUCACAUCUAUUACCAGAUCUUGUCCAACAAGAAGCCAGAGCUACUGGAUAUGAUGUUGGUCACCAACAAUCCUUACGACUACGCCUUUAUCUCCCAAGGAGAGACCACGGUGCCCUCGAUCGAUGACGCAGAGGAACUGUUAGCAACUGAUAGUGCCUUCGACAUCUUGGGCUUCACCCAGGAGGAGAAAAACUCCAUCUACAAGUUGACGGGGGCCAUCAUGCACUACGGCAACAUGAAGUUCAAGCAGAAGCAGCGGGAAGAGCAGGCUGAGCCAGAUGGCACCGAAGAAGCUGACAAGUCAGCGUACCUGAUGGGGCUGAACUCCGCAGACCUGCUCAAGGGGCUUUGCCACCCGAGGGUCAAAGUGGGCAACGAGUACGUCACCAAAGGGCAAAAUGUCCAACAGGUGUACUACGCCACUGGUGCUCUGGCCAAGUCUGUCUAUGAGAGGAUGUUCGUCUGGAUGGUCAUGAGAAUCAACACCACCCUGGAAACUAAGCUUCCCCGACAGUAUUUCAUUGGGGUGUUGGAUAUUGCUGGCUUUGAGAUCUUUGAUUUCAACAGCUUUGAGCAGCUCUGCAUCAACUUCACCAACGAGAAGCUGCAGCAGUUCUUCAACCACCACAUGUUUGUGCUGGAACAAGAGGAGUACAAGAAGGAGGGCAUCGAAUGGGUCUUCAUUGACUUCGGCAUGGACCUCCAGGCCUGCAUCGACCUCAUUGAGAAGCCCAUGGGCAUCAUGUCCAUCCUGGAAGAAGAGUGCAUGUUCCCCAAGGCCACCGACAUGACCUUCAAGGCCAAGCUGUACGAUAACCACCUGGGCAAGUCGGCCAAUUUUGGCAAAGCACGGGCCAUCAAGGGGAAACCCGAAGCGCACUUUGCCUUGAUGCACUACGCCGGCACGGUGGACUACAACAUCAUAGGCUGGCUCCAGAAGAACAAGGACCCUCUCAACGAAACGGUGGUGGGCCUCUACCAGAAGUCAGCUCUGAAGCUCCUGGCCAACCUGUUUGCCAACUACGCUGGAGCUGACGCACCGCUGGAGACCACCAAGGGGAAGGGGAUGCAUAAGAAGAAGGGGUCUUCCUUCCAGACGGUGUCGGCCCUGCACAGGGAGAACCUCAACAAGCUGAUGACCAACCUGCGUUCCACCCACCCCCACUUUGUCCGUUGCAUCAUCCCCAACGAGACCAAGACCCCAGGGAUGAUCGACAAUCCCUUGGUCAUGCACCAGCUGCGUUGUAACGGAGUGCUGGAAGGGAUCCGGAUCUGCCGGAAAGGAUUCCCGAACCGGAUCCUCUACGGGGAUUUCCGGCAAAGGUACCGUAUCCUAAACCCUGCGGCCAUCCCGGAGGGACACUUCAUCGACAGCCGGAAAGGGGCAGAGAAGCUUCUGGGCUCCCUGGACAUUGACCACACCCAGUACAAAUUUGGACACACCAAGGUCUUCUUCAAGGCUGGACUCCUGGGCCUGCUGGAGGAAAUGAGAGACGAACGCCUCUCUCGGAUCAUCACUCGUAUCCAAGCCCAAUCUCGUGGUGUGUUGGCCAGGAUAGAAUUCAGGAAGAUCAUGGAACGGAAGGAAUCCCUGCUGGUGAUCCAGUACAACAUCCGGGCUUUCAUGGUGGUGAAGAACUGGCCCUGGAUGAAGUUGUACUUCAAGAUCAAACCACUCUUGAAGAGCGCAGAGACGGAGAAAGAGUUGGUGGCCAUGAAGGAUGAGCUGGCCAAGUUGAGAGAGGCCUUGGAGAAGUCGGAAGCCCGUCGGAAGGAGCUGGAGGAGAAGAUGGUCUCCUUACUGCAGGAGAAGAAUGACCUACAGUUGCAAGUUCAGGCAGAGCAAGACAACCUGAACGAUGCCGAGGAGCGCUGUGACCAACUGAUCAAGAACAAGAUCCAGCUGGAAGCCAAAGUGAAAGAGAUAACCGAGCGGCUUGAAGACGAAGAGGAGAUGAACGCCGAACUGACCGCCAAGAAGCGGAAGCUGGAAGACGAAUGUACUGAGCUCAAGAAGGACAUCGAUGACCUGGAGUUGACUUUGGCUAAGGUGGAGAAGGAGAAACACGCCACGGAGAACAAGGUGAAGAACCUCACAGAAGAAAUGGCUGGUCUAGAUGAGAUCAUCAUCAAGCUCACCAAAGAGAAGAAAGCUCUCCAAGAGGCCCACCAGCAAGCUUUGGAUGACCUUCAAGCUGAAGAAGACAAGGUCAACACAUUGACCAAAGCCAAGGUCAAACUGGAACAACAGGUGGAUGACCUGGAAGGCUCCUUGGAACAGGAGAAGAAGAUCCGUAUGGACCUUGAACGGGCCAAGAGGAAGCUGGAAGGAGAUUUGAAGCUGACCCAAGAAAGCAUCAUGGAUUUGGAGAACGACAAGCAGCAACUCGACGAAAAGCUGAAAAAGAAAGAUUUUGAGUUGAACGCCUUGAAUGCUAGAAUUGAAGAUGAGCAAUCCUUGGCUGCCCAGUUACAGAAGAAACUCAAAGAGUUACAGGCGCGGAUCGAGGAACUGGAGGAAGAACUGGAAGCAGAGCGCACAGCCCGGGCCAAGGUGGAAAAACAGCGCGCUGAACUUUCGCGGGAACUGGAGGAGAUCAGCGAACGUCUGGAGGAGGCCGGAGGGGCCACCUCGGUGCAGAUCGAGAUGAACAAGAAACGGGAGGCCGAGUUCCAGAAGAUGCGACGUGACCUGGAAGAGUCCACGCUGCAGCACGAGGCCACGGCGGCCACCUUGCGCAAGAAGCACGCGGAUUCCGUGGCCGAGCUGGGCGAGCAGAUCGACAACCUGCAGCGGGUGAAGCAGAAGCUAGAGAAGGAGAAGAGCGAGCUGAAACUGGAAGUGGACGACAUGGCGUCCAACAUGGAGCAGCUCAUAAAAGCCAAGGCCAACCUGGAGAAGAUGUGUAGGACUUUUGAAGACCAAAUGAAUGAGCACCGGGCCAAGUCCGAAGAGACUCAGCGUAUGGUCCAUGACCUCACCACACAGCGAGCCAAGCUCCAGACCGAGAAUGGUAAGCCACAGGAGAACUUUACACUUUUAUCCUUAAGAACUUCGAUUAUUCUCUUGAUCUUGUCGGAGUGGAAGCAGAAGUUUGAGGAGUCCCAAACAGAGCUGGAGGCAUCCCAGAAGGAGUCCCGGUCCCUCAGCACGGAGCUCUUCAAGCUGAAGAACGCCUACGAGGAAUCUCUGGAACAUCUGGAGACCUUCAAGAGGGAGAACAAGAACUUGCAAGAGGAGAUUUCGGAUCUCACUGAGCAGCUCAGCAGCACAGGCAAGACCAUCCAUGAACUUGAGAAAGCGCGGAAAGGUCUGGAGGCUGAGAAGAUGGAGCUGCAGUCCGCUCUCGAGGAAGCUGAGGCCUCUCUGGAACAUGAAGAAGGCAAGAUCCUCCGAGCCCAACUGGAGUUCAACCAAAUCAAGGCCGAAAUUGAGCGCAAGUUGGCCGAGAAGGACGAGGAGAUGGAGCAGGCCAAGAGGAAUCAUCUGAGGACGGUGGACUCGCUUCAAGCUUCCCUGGAUGCUGAGACCCGCAGCCGCAAUGAGGCCCUGAGGGUCAAGAAGAAGAUGGAGGGCGACCUCAACGAGAUGGAGAUCCAGCUCAGCCAUGCCAACCGCAUAGCAGCUGAAGCCCAGAAGCAAGUGAAAACUUUGCAAGGCUACCUGAAGGACACUCAGAUACAGUUGGACGACGUAAUCCGAGUCAAUGAGGACCUCAAGGAAAACAUUGCCAUCGUGGAGCGAAGGAACAACCUGCUCCAGGCUGAGCUGGAGGAGUUGCGGACCGUGGUGGAGCAGACGGAACGGGCCCGGAAACUGGCGGAACAGGAACUCAUUGAUACCAGUGAAAGAGUCCAGCUCCUUCACACCCAGAAUACCAGCCUCAUCAAUCAGAAAAAGAAGAUGGAGUCGGACCUCUCCCAGCUGCAAACAGAGGUGGAAGACGCCAUUCAGGAAUGCAGAAAUGCUGAAGAGAAGGCCAAGAAAGCCAUCACAGACGCGGCCAUGAUGGCGGAGGAGCUGAAGAAGGAGCAGGACACCAGCGCCCACCUGGAGAGGAUGAAGAAGAACAUGGAGCAGACCAUCAAGGACCUCCAGAUGCGCCUGGACGAGGCGGAGCAGCUGGCCCUGAAGGGCGGCAAGAAGCAGCUUCAGAAACUGGAGGCCCGAGUGCGGGAGCUGGAGAACGAGCUGGAAGGGGAGCAGAAACGCAACGUGGAGAACGUCAAGGGCAUGCGCAAGUGCGAGAGACGCAUCAAGGAGCUCACCUACCAGACGGAGGAGGAUCGUAAGAACUUGAUCCGCCUCCAAGACCUGGUUGACAAGCUUCAAUUGAAGGUUAAAGCUUAUAAGAGACAAGCAGAGGAGGCGGAGGAACAAGCCAACAGCAACUUGGGCAAAUUCCGGAAGGUUCAGCACGAGUUGGACGAAGCCGAGGAGCGGGCGGACAUCGCUGAGUCCCAGGUCAACAAGUUGAGGGCCAAAAGUCGUGAUAUUGGGGUGAAGCCGAAAGGUUUGUACGAGGAGUAA